UCUAACUAUGCAAUGGCGGAAUAUGGCCGCCGCGUAUUGACUGUUGUUCGUUUGUUUACUCUAAUUUUAUAAGUUUUUAAUGUUUAGUGCAGUUUUGUAAUAAUGAAUCGCCGUUAAAUGGUGUAAUGUCAGUUCGUGUGUUUCAUAAAAGUUCUUUUUCGAGUGUUUCCUUUCAGUUUUCUUUCAAAAAGUGUGCAAGUUAGUGAUUGAGCCGACUUCUCUUAGAGUGCUUCCACAUUGGAAUGUUGUGAUAAAAUCAUAGUGGAUACAGUGUUGUCGCUUACUAUUACGUUUGGAUUUCAUUCCGGCCUCAAAAGAUGUGGUUACCUACAAUGUGAAUGUGUGUGCGCACGAUGCACGUGUGGGUGUUAGUGUGCGCGUGCGCGGCGCUGUGCGAGGGCAAGCAGAUGAGUGAGACGCUGCAGCGCGCGCUGUCGGCCGUGCGCGGGCCCAGCCCGGGCGCUAAGAAGCUGCUCAAUAUACCGGAUGAUGGAGCGGACCCCUUGCCCGGCAAGCACGUCCCACUAGAGAGCUAUGAGAGCGAGUUGGAGCGAGAGCACGCACUGCCGACGUCCGUCCCCAACGCCGACAUACUCAAGACUAACAGCAAUCCAACGUAUCAUAAGCCGAGACCGCCAGCACACCACGGCGCGGCGUUGCUCGCCGGCGUGGGCGCGGUGCCGUCGUACGCGCCGCCCGGCCGCGCCUUCUUCACGCCGCCCCUGCCGCCCGAGUACCGCAACCCGUUCGCUGACAAGCCGACACUUAGAGGCACAAACACAGAUGGGAACAGCUACCUCAACCGGCGGCCCAUCCCUCCGCCCUCCCUCGGGCCCGGCCACGAGAGGAUACCUAUACGACCUCCUGGACAGGAGAUAUCGUCCCCGCAAGUGCCGGCCCCUCCCCCCGCGCCGGUCGUCCCGCCGCUGCCGCCCGCCGGCCUCGAGCCGCACAAGAAAAAGGCCCUUAAUACUCCUAGCCAUAAGCCUGACGAACUAGACGGUGACAAGCAUGGCACGGAUCAAGCGAACUUCACCGACUUCGUUCCCAAUUCCCUCAACAUCCCCACGAUAUCCAGGAUCCUCUCCGGCUCCAACGGCAGAAAAGAAGACAUUCCUGAUGUCCUCCUACGAACCGUCACAGCUAAACCUCAACACAACCAAGAGAAAACAUCCAAAAACGAUGUCUUCGUAACAAAAGAUGCAGGAGUCACCAUCAGCGACAACAAAGAUGUCUCCACAGAGGGCGUUCUCGCCGUCUUAGACCCAGAAAUGAACAACCUAGAUAGACCGCUAAUUAUAGACCAAAACGGCGAAACGAAUACGCGGCGAAAUCUCCAAUACGCGACUAAAGAUAAAAACGACAGUAGAAAAGAUUACACCCCAGCAACCACGAUAGGUUUCGAGCUAAAAGACCCUGAAAUGUCCACGGAGAGAUAUCAUAACUUAGCCAAUGUAAAUUCAGAUAAAAAGAUUCUCAAACAGGACACGAAAAACAACGGGCCCGUACAAAGGGCCGGCGUCACGUGGCCCUUCGCGUGGAACGUGCACAUAUAUCUAGCUACCGUCAUGUUCACUAUAUUAGCCGUGUACUCAAUAUUCAAAAUCAUCUGCUAUAAUAAGUUCACUCAUCUCUUCACUCAGUACUACUUUAUCAUUUUACAUUUGAUAUUAGUGUUCGUUUGUUUGAUGAGAAUAUUCUACAUGUGCUACGAUCCGUACAAUAUUAACAACUCGCUGCCGAUAUUCAUCAGUGAGAUUCUCUUGCACGUGCCAGAAAUAUUCUUAAGCAUAGCGUUCUCUAGCACGAUACUGUUUCUGUUGACGAAUAGUAUUAACUUUAAGACGACGUGCUGCGCGUUUCUGUUCCGAUCUCGGACCAUUAUAAUAGCGGGCGGCAUCCAUCUCCUGUCGUGCGUAAUGUUGCAUAUCUUCGAGAGUAGUAAUACGAUAUAUAGGACGCCCCAGGGGGUAGAAAAAAGGGUACUAGGUCUAACGUGUCAAAUUAUUUAUAUCAUAGCGUGCCUCACUCUCGGCCUCUGCUACCUGUAUGUAUAUAAAAUGCUCAAAGCGGUGCUGCAGAAAAAGAGUCACACGUACAUUCACGGGUUCCAAAACCUGUAUCAAGCUAUACACAUAAAUUUAGCGACCGCGCUGCUGUUCGUCCUCAUGGCGGCUCUCCAAAUAUUCGGAAUAUUCGGCAUAAAUCAAGUCAAUAUGACGAAAUUCGAUUGGCUGCAAUGGGGCUAUCAGUUCUCACUGCGUUUGAUAGAAAUCAGCGUAGUAGCUCUUAUUUCGUGGGUGAUAAGUCUCAAAGUAGGGAUAGUCGCGUCGUUGCAACACGAGAAAGCGGACGGACAAAAGAUAUCUGGUUUAGGACUAUUCCCUUGCGCGGGGGGAUCCAGUAACGAACAGUUCGAGUCGGACUAUCCGGCGAUAUGUAACACCAACACUAAUCUCCACACGUAUACCCUGCGGACGGGCAAGCCGAUAUACGAGAGCGCGGGACAUCAUACCAACAUUCCGGACCAAUGUUGCGGACCCGCCGACCACCGGGGGUUCCACCUCAACACGCUGGCCGCCAACUGCGACAAUAACUCUGGAACUGAAAAUUAUUCCGGGCAUAGCUCGAUAGCGAACGCAGGUCACAGCAGUUCCACGGAAUCUAGUAAUGCGACAUCUAGCCAGGGCGUCACGAAUCACUUGAUCAAACACCAUCCAAACAUGGCCGGGUACAAUGGCAUAGAAUCCGCGUCUGACGAUCACUAUUCUAACUGCGAUCCCGCAAUGCAGUCCCUACAGGGCGACGACCCGCUGGACCACGAGUACAACGUGAUCCAGUACGGCAGCAACGGGGACUUCAUCCGCGACAUCAAGAACCAGAACUACACGGGCGGCUCCAACCGCAGCUCGCACAACUUCAAGCACGCGUCGUACGACCGCGCGUCGGCGCGCACCAACAGCAACCCGCGCCGCAAGCCGCGCCCCAAGCACAAGGGCGCCGCGCCCUACGAGCCGGGCUACGCCGCGCCCGACGAGUUCGCGCCCUACGACGCGGCGCCCUACCGCGGGGGCGCGCACACGCUGGCGCCGCGCUACGACGGGCCCGCGCCCCGCGGCUCGGCGCGGCGCCCCAGCCCCGCCGGCGCCCCCGUCGGCGCCCCCGUCGGCGCCCCCGCCGGCAGCGCGCGCCGCAAGCACAACCCCUACCCCGAGCGGCCCAAGUCCACCGACCUGUACGGGUUCCCGGAGGACCCGGCGGCCCGCUACCCGCUGGGCUCGCCCCAGCCCUCGCCGCGCACCUGCAGCUACGAGUACGCGGCGCCGCAGGACGAGCUGGCGCCCGAGCCGGCCGGCACCAUGCUGGUGGCGCAGGACGGCUUCGUGCGGUUCCGCCCGCUGGAGGACCCGGCCACCUGAUUCCCGCUGACCCUGUCUACGGACAGCUCGUGACGGCCCCGGCCCUGUAUAAACGAUGUAUAGCUAGACGUAACGCGGUGUGUACCGCCCGGCCUCUUGUACAUAGCUAAGUGAGGUCUCGACCGAGACGAUGCCAUUAUUUUUAAAUACGCGACGGACGAUCGACGAUUCGAUCCGUUUAGAAAUCUGUUGGAGUAUUAAUGUUGCCAUUUAAUACGGUUGAAAUAAUUUAUUUAUAGUUGAUCGUGUAGUGUGUUUCGUUCGACCUGCCAUAGACUAAACCCCCCGCGACCCGACGGCGUCGAUGUGAUAUUUAAUAUUUCUUUGAACGUUAUUCAGUCCAUAAUUUUUAAGCGUAGAAGUGAUCCGACUAAUUUAUGUUAGUAGUCGUUUGUGUUUCUUUGCAUUUAAUCGAAUGUUCUUCUAAUGUUUCCGAUAAAUUUUAUGAUAAUAGUAUAAAGUGAACGUUAAUUUUAAUAGUUAUAUGUGCGUGCAGAUGUCUAAAUAUUUAUUUUGUGCCGACGACCCUUGUACUUACGAUUAUUUGUUUCCUAUUCGUGUUACCAGGUUUAAGUUUUUUCCCAUUUCAGGCCACGUUAUAAUACUUCUUUACAAAUUCCCGUUUCAUUUAAUAGGCAAAACAUUGUUUUCGGAAUGUAAAAUAUUUACAUAUAAUUUUAUUUCAUUUUUUUUUAACAUCCCGGUAAUUCAAAAAAUGCUCUUAACCUAGUCAAAACGAACAUUAUCAUAAUCCUGCCAUUAUCAUGAAAAUAUAAAGAUAUCAUCACUUUAGUAAAAUCAGAAUUUAUUAUGAUAGCGACACAGAUUUAACUGAUAUAUAUAUAUAGAAAUUGUUAUGUAACGUACGUGUGUAUGUUGAACAUAUAUAAAUAUCGCACAUAAUGUGCGUUAUCGAAUAGAUAGGUGAAAAAAAUAAUUGUAUAAAUUUAAGACGAGAGUAUUUAUAAUCGACAAAAUAUUCUUAGUCAACAAUUAUUGGUGUUUAUUUCUAUUGGGCGGGGCGUUAACGAGCGUGUUGAACGCGGCGUUUUUUUUUUCGUUUAAAGUAUCUGGCUAUUUGUAACAAGCGAUUGUUAAAAAAUAAUUAAAAUUAUGUCUAACCAAACACUGCGAAAACACGCUCGUUAUAACGCCCAAAGGUUUAGUGCUCAUAUAAUUCCUAUGUACAUAAUUAUCCAGUACGGUCCAUAUAACCGUAUGAAUCGUCACUUUUUUAUUUUUUUAAUCAAUAAGUGUGUAUAUAAUCGGGCUACUGUUGUAGCGAAUAUUGGAAGUAUCAAUUUUAUGUAAAUUAUAUAAUUUUUUUUUAAUGUUUCCAAGACUGUACCUACUUUUAUCAUUUAACGAACACAACUGACAUUUAUUAUGUAUAAUAAAUUAAAAUGAUACACAA